GUGGGCAGAAAACAAAAAGGAGCUUCAUUUGAACUAAACUCUAGUAGCUCCUCCUAUUCCGCUUCCGGUUUGGACUCUACGGUCGCUCUAUACUCUGGGCGGGCUCUCUUCUAUGCCCUCGCUAAGCGCGGGAAGCUGCAGCUGCUCAACCUCUUUCAGGGUGACUACAAGUGUAUAUCAUGGCGGGCAGACGAGGGGCGCUGAUUGUCCUUGAGGGGGUGGACCGUGCAGGCAAAAGUACACAGAGCCGGAGGCUGGUGGAGGCCCUGCGGACGAUGGGACACCCGGCCGAACUUCUUCGGUUCCCGGAAAGAACAACAGAAAUUGGACGGCUGAUAAGUUCCUACCUGGAAAAGAAGAAUGACUUGGAGGACCACACGGUUCAUCUGUUGUUUUCUGCUAAUCGCUGGGAACAAGUGCCAAUGAUUAAAGAGAAGCUAAAUCGAGGUGUGACUCUGGUAGUGGACAGAUAUGCCUUUUCUGGAGUAGCCUUCACAAGUGCUAAAGAGAACUUCUCCUUGGAGUGGUGCAAGCAGCCUGAUGUGGGGCUUCCAAAGCCAGACUUGAUCCUCUUCCUUCAGCUGAGCACACCUGAAGCAGCCAAACGAGGAGACUUUGGAAAUGAACGCUAUGAAAACGGGUCUUUUCAGGAGAAAGUACUACAAUGCUACCACCAUCUGAUAAAAGAUAAAACUUUGAACUGGAAGGUGAUCGAUGCUUCGAAGAGCAUAGAUGAUCUACACAACGAAAUUAAAUCCUUUGCAGAGGAGGCAAUGCAAGAGGCUCGGCACAUGCCCGUAGGAGAACUGUGGAAAUAGAAUUAGUAGGUCGCAUCCUCUGAAGUCAUCUAGCCAAAAUAUGCGCUAUUCACCUUCAGACACCAGUGUUUGUGUCUGUAGUUUCUUUACAGACCAAGUAGGGCUGUUGAAGUCUUGCUUUUUAAAAUCUAACUUCCUUCCUGUGGUAGUUGAUGGCUUUUACAAAAGAAAACCCAGUCUCCCUUGGAAGCAGUUCUGCAGGGACUUGUACUGAAAGAAAUACUUGGGAUGGGGGUGGGGGAACUUUGGACCAAGCUCUUUUUACCCCACUUAGAGAGAGACUUAUGCCUCAAUGUAUGGUGGCUGCUGUUUUUUAGCCCCAUAGCUUAUUUAAAGAGCUGCAACAUUUUGUGGAGAAGAGAUUUACCAGUAAAUACCUGAAUGCCUUCAAACUCACUCUGUACUGGACAGGAUGACUUCAGAUAACUUGGAAAAUGCUUAUCCUGUUGAUGCUGAAGUUUGGAUGUUUUCAUUUAUAUGGUGCUGACCCACGGCCAGUGCACAUUCCUGCUUCUUUCCUACACAGAGCUAAUGUCUGCAUCAGCUUCCCAAUACAUGUGCUUGUAGAAAAACAAACCCACCACUCUUCACCAGUGAAUGGUGUGUGUGAUGGUUUUUUAAAAAAUACAUAGUCUUUGUGUUGGAAAAAAGUCACAUGUGAAGGGAUCCUUAGGCUGAGUUUAUCAUGGUACCUGGUGAAGAUAAAUAUAUUCUUAAACUAAAUUAUAAGGCUAUGAAGGCUAUGUUCUAUUUAUUGGCUGUUUCUUAUAAGAAUUGCCUUGUUGAAUCAAGCCAAUGGCUAUGUAGUUUGCUGCAGGGUAUAGUGAGGCUGGUGUGGGUCCUGGGCCAAAAAAAUAAAGAUGGACUUUGGCACCCCUCCUAAACUUCUUCAGAGAGGCACAAGGGAGGGAGCACAGAGAAACCAGCCAGGUCCCCCUCCGUCGGAGACCCAGGGACAUUUGACCCCACACCCCCAUCGUGUUCAAUUAUAGCUAUGCCCGUUUUGCUGUUCUGCCUCUAACAGUACCCUGCCAGCUGCUGCAUAGAAUAUGGUAGUUUUAGCUUCAGGAUGUGAUAUUUGGAGAUAUACCACCUCAAAACAUAGAAGCUUGAUGUCAUUAUCAUAGAUGAAAACCAAUGAUAGGUGUAUCCUCUGUGAUUUUGUCUAAUUAUUUUCAGAGAUGUCUAUAGUGGAUAUUGCUGUAGUGGGAUAUUCCAUAAGGUAUCAUUCAUUGUUUUUAUGGCUGGGAACCCUAUUGCUAGUUAACGUCACUGGGUGAUCCUGAGGUUUUCGUGUUUUCGGAAGAAAGAAAUCUCUCUACAUAAUGUUAACAACAAAAAGCACACCCUCUAGCAUGUUUUCCUGUAGUCACUUCUCUUAUAACGUAAAAAGCCUCUGUGCUAACUAUAUUAGGAGCCAAAAGUUUGGGGCCUGCUCUACAGUCAUUUGGUAAAGAACCUUAUUCUAGCAGUGUUACACAUCUACUUAAGAUGCCAAUUUCCUAGUUCUUAAAAUAACUCCUGAGUGAAUGCCUUCUAGACGCUAACUUUUUCUAUAAUUAAAUAGUUCUAAAACUGGAUCCUUUGUUACAUUUUGACAUAGUUUUUCAGAUGCAUUCCCCAAACAAUGGUUUGAGUCUCUAACGUGCUAUAGUGAAGGCUAACACAAAUAAUUUAUUUUGCUUACAUAGAAUUUCCUGGUCAAUUUCCAGUACUACUUUUCAGCAUAUUACAUAAUGUUUCUUCUGUCUCUGGCUGGUUUCCUCUUUUGUUGUGUUUAAAGACAUUACUCAUAGCAAUGCACUCACCAAAUUCCUUGACUUGUCUGGUGACUUACUUUUUAUUUGUUAGUUUGUGUGCCUUUCUAUUUUAAAAGUGGGUGUUCCGCUAUAACUUUGACUCCAUUUAAGCAUGACGAUCUAAUCUGUGGUAUACCUAGUCUCCACUUUGGUUUUAAAUAACCCUCAAUGAUCCUGAAGGAAUUUGAAUCUUCUGUUCUGUAACUUUUCUCUUUUAACUUAUUUUCUCACAAAACCAGAUUGGACUAUAUGGGACUUGAUGAAGCAAUUUUCCUCUCGUAUGUUGGGAUUUGAUAGUAUUGUGGUAACUUGUUGCCAUGCGAUUUGAUCAUUUCCCACUGGAUCCAGGGCAUCACGUAAGAGACUUAAUUAAUUAAAGGCCAUGUCUCUUGUUGGUUCUGUGGAAGUGGACCACACUCUACUUCAUCCUCAGUUGGCGCUUUCUCUCUGUCAUAACACUGUAUACAUCAUGCUGUAUAUCACACACAUGCUGGGAAUAAGAAAGUUAGCAGUGAGACUAAAGUUUUGAAAUGUAAGAGGUACAACCUGUGACAAUUCUGCAUCAAUAAAAUAAGGGAUUCCUACUCCAGUGACUAUUCACAACUGCAAUCACUGUUGGUAACAUGAAUUAUGAUAUGACACUAUAAUAAUCCUUCUGGCUCAUCCAUGCAAUCAGAGCUUCAUGGUUCAUGUUUCCAGCAAAGACUGCAGUUGUGAAUAGGUGACCUCACUUAACGCUUUCCCGCUGUACCCACAUGCGUACCUACCAACUUAAAAGUAAUGCUUCCUAUGUGACGAAGAAGUGCCCCAAGAUUGUCUGUGUGUGUAAUACACUAUAUCUAAAGUGAUGUUUACAUUUAGAGUUUGAGGGUGGGUAGUUUACCUAUUAAAUAUUUUCCAGUGUGUGUCUGCUUA